AUUCUGACUGCUGCACUCCCUUCUUCCAGGAGGCCCAAUGUGGGUAUGUUAUCAUCCUGAUGGCACUGCUGUGGUGCACGGAAGCUUUGCCAUUGGCUGUCACAGCACUUCUUCCCGUCCUGCUCUUCCCAAUGAUGAAUAUCAUGGAUUCGACAGCAGUCUGCAGGGAGUAUUUGAAGGACACCAAUAUGCUUUUUAUUGGGGGACUGCUGAUGGCCAUUGCUAUUGAGAACUGGAACCUACACAAGCGCGUUGCUCUGCGGGUCUUGCUCAUCACUGGUGUCAGACCAGCCCUACUUCUGAUGGGUUUCAUGCUCGUGACUGCAUUCCUGUCCAUGUGGAUCAGCAAUACAGCCACCACUGCCAUGAUGGUGCCCAUAGCACAGGCGGUUCUGGAUCAGUUGCACCAGUCAGAAGUGGGAUCUGAAGCAGCCAACCAAGUGCUUGAGAAUGACAACAAGGCCUUUGAACUGCAAGAAGAGCCAACGAAAUCAAACAGCUUCAAAGAAACGGAGGAAAAAGGUAAUAACCAUGUUCUGGCAGUUGAGGAAGGCAAAGAGAGAAAUGAACACCCUGUAGACGAGAAGCACAAGAAACUCUGCAAAGGAAUGUCUCUCUCAAUUUGUUACGCAGCCAGUAUUGGAGGGAUUGCAACUCUGACUGGGACAACACCAAAUCUGGUGCUGAAGGGACAAGUUGAUGAGAUCUUUCCCAACAAUGACAACGUCAUCAACUUUGCCUCUUGGUUCUCUUUUGCUUUUCCCACCAUGGUUGUGUUGCUGAUUUUGGCCUGGAUUUGGCUGCAAAUUCUGUACUUGGGCUUUAAUUUUCAGAAGAAUUUUGGUUGUGUGAGAGAUCCCUCUGCAAAGACCAAGGAGAAACAGGCCUAUCAAAUUAUUAAGGACGAGAACAAGAAAUUGGGUUCCAUGAAAUUUGCAGAGAUUGCAGUCCUGGUCCUCUUCAUCCUACUGGUACUGCUCUGGUUUACAAGAGACCCUGGUUUCAUACCUGGAUGGGCAACAGUUCUCUUCAACAAAAAUGAUACGAGCUUUGUCUCUGAUGCUACAGUUGCCAUCUUCAUUUCACUUUUGCUGUUCAUCAUCCCUUCCGAAUUCGCUAUCAAGAAGCAGACAGGCAGCGAGACAAAGAUCCGAGCACCUCCAGCUCUCCUGAACUGGAAAGUAGUUCACAAGAAAAUGCCAUGGAACAUCGUGUUCCUGCUGGGAGGUGGCUUUGCCUUGGCCAAAGGCAGUGAGGAAUCCGGUCUGUCCGGAUGGUUGGGUACCAAACUGACUCCUCUGGAGCACAUCCCUCAUCCAGCCAUUGCGUUCCUCUUGUGCCUCCUUAUUGCUACUUUCACUGAGUGUGCCAGCAACGUGGCCACCACCACCCUCUUUCUCCCCAUCCUGGCUUCAAUGGCUCAAUCUAUCUGCCUCAAUCCUCUCUAUGUCAUGCUGCCCUGUACACUUUCGGCAUCGUUGGCAUUCAUGCUCCCAGUGGCCACCCCCCCUAACGCCAUUGUCUUCUCAUACGGACAUCUCAAGGUUAUAGACAUGGCCAAAGCUGGAUUUGUACUCAACAUCCUGGGCGUUCUGACGAUAAAUCUGGCCAUCAACACCUGGGCUUCAUCUUUGUUCCAGCUGAAUACCUACCCAUCUUGGGCAAACUCAACGUAUUGCUAGUAACACAAGGGAACCAAAAACUGCACUUAUUAGGACCAUAACAUGAGCAAAACCAUCACUGACCCAAGCUUUGCUGAGGCAGUGGCUAAGAGACAGCUCUAUUCUGUGCAAAAGGACUUGCUAUUUAUGAGGAAAAUCAGCCCAUUGAUAGGAUGAGGUAACCUCCUGCCUUUCAGCUGUUCCAGGUGUCUUCAGAUUUUCUGUCUCUGCAGGGGAGCAUUUUCUCCAGGUACUACAUUGUUUUUCAGGCUCUGCAUGUAAAGUCCUAAAUCUACAGUGAAUGAGAAAGAACUGUGUAUAUAAAAGGAUGGAGAGACUCUGUGUACUGACUUCACGCCUGUGUUUGUGUAUCAGCACUAAUGUGAAUAUUCACCUACAGGCACCAGUGUAUAUGUUCCUUAUGUACAUAAUGUUGUAUAUUCUGUGGGCAAGAGAUAAAUCACUUGCUGUCAGCCUAUCCUAUGACUUUGAAAUGUAUAUAUUUACAGCCCACUCUGUUAUGAAUGUAGAAGAUUGCUUUUAUCCUGAAACAUCCAUCCCGUUGUUAUUUAAGCAGCAUUACAGUCUGCAACGUCAUGGCAGGAAUAGAAAUAUUCCCCUGAGAAGAACCUUGUGUCCUAAAGUGUAUAUGAUUAAUUAAAGGCUACUGUUUUUUAUGCUCAUGUACAAAUAUCACUGUAAAUACACUUGUCUUCCAUGUGUCAAUGGUUUGUCUGAGCUUCCUUAUUCUGUUAGCACAGUUGAAUUUGUUGUCAUUAAAGUCAUAAUUACUAC